AUGAAUAUUAUACCUCCAUCCUUCCUUUGUCCCACUCACCUCUUUUUCUUACCUCCAUCCUUCUUACCUUUCCUUCGUCACGCGCACCUCUUUUCUUGCCUCCAUCGCUUUUUCCGAAUGAAUAUUAUUAUACCUCCAUCCUUCUUACCUUUACUUUGUCACGCUCACCUCUUUUUCUUGCCUCCAUCGCUUUUUCCGAAUGAAUAUUAUUAUACCUCCAUCCUUCUUACCUUUCCUUCGUCACGCUCACCUCUUUUUCUUGCUUCUAUCGUUUUUCCGAAUGAAUAUUAUUAUACCUCCAUCAUUCUUACCUUUCAUUUGUCCCACUCACCUCUUUUUUUUACCUCCAUCCUUCUUACCUUUCCUUCGUCACGCUCACCUCUUUUCUUGCCUCCAUCGCUUUUCUGGAUGAAUAUUAUUAUACCUCCAUCCUUCUUAUCUUUCCUUCGUCACGCUCACCUCUUUUUCUUGCCUCCAUCGUUUUUCCGAAUGAAUAUAAUUAUACCUCCAUCUAUCUUACUUUUCCUUUGUCACGCUCACCUCUUUUUCUUACCUCCAUCCUUCUUACCUUUCCUUUGUCACGCUCACCUCUUUUUCUUGCUUCCAUCGCUUUUACGAAUGAAUAUUAUUAUACCUCCAUCCUUCUUACCUUUCCUUCGUCACGCUCACCUCUUUUUCAUGCCUCCAUCGUUUUUCAAAAUGAAUAUCAUUAUACCGCCAUCCUUCUUACCUUUGCUUCGUCACGCUCGGCUUCUUUUCUUACCACCAUCGCUUUUACGAAUGAAUAUUAUUAUACCUCCAUCCUUCUUUCCUUUCCUUUGUCCCACUCAUCUCUUUUUCUUACCUCCAUCCAUCUUACCUUUCCUUUGUCACGCUCACCACUUUUUCUUGCUUCCAUCGUUUUUGCGAAUGAAUAUUAUUUUAACGCCAUCCUUCUUACCUUUCCUUUGUCACGCGCACCUCUUUUUCUUACCUCCAUCCUUCUUACCUUUCCUUUGUCCCACUCACCUCUUUUCUUGCCUCCAUCGCUUUUUCCGAAUGAAUAUUAUUAUAACUCCAUCCUUCUUACCUUUCCUUUGUCCCACUCAUCUCUUUUUCUUACCUCCAUCCUUCUUACCUUUCCUUCGUCACGCUCACCUCUUUUUCUUACCUCCAUCGCUUUUACGAAUGAAUAUUUUACCUCCAUCCUUCUUACCUUUCCUUUGUCACGCGCACCUCUUUUUCUUGCCUCCAUCGUUUUUCCAAAUGAAUUUUAUCAUACCUCCAUCUUACCUUUCCUUUGUCAUGCUCACCUCUUUUUCUUACCUCCAUCGCUUUUACGAAUAA